GCAAAAGUCAUAUUAGGUGUAUUAACCUUAAAUGUGAUAUUUUUAUUAUAAUUUCUUAGAUUUUACAACAAUGUAGUGGCUAUAACAAAGGAAACAAAAGUUUCUAUUAAUUUGUUACACAAAACAUCUCGUUAUGGAGAUGGAAGAAUUAUUUAAUUCCUUAGAAUCAGAUAAUCUCCAAGUGGUAGAAGAUGUCAAGAAGCAGUUUGCAGAUUAUUUUAAUAAAACAAAAGAAUCAUGGCUAGUUACAUUUUUGAUAGAUUAUUAUUUGCAAACAAAUUCUGUAAGAGUUGUAGAUGUUUUGUUAAAAGUACAGUCUCCUCAUGAUAGAUUUAUUUUCGAUCGAAUUUUAGAUUUGAUUAAAAGUUCUAAUAAACAGAAAGGAUUAGAUAUCUUAGGAAUUAUUGUUCGACGUCAACCAACAUGGCUCUAUCAUAUUAUGCAACAUAAUUUGUUCAAAGAAACUCUGAAAUUACUUAAGGUGGAGACCGAUAUUGUGCCAUUUAUGAGUGCUCUUCUGUGCAUAAUAGCUUUAUUACCCAUGGUUCCUUCUUUGAUAUCACCUUUUCUUAUGGAUAUAUUUGAAGUAUUCAGUCGUUUGGCAGCAUGGAAGGGAAAUAAUACAACUAAAUUGCCAGAAGAUCAGCUUAUACAUUUGCAGGUUGGUUUGUAUGCUCUUUUUCAUCGACUUUAUGGAAUGUUUCCAUGCAAUUUUGUAUCAUAUUUGAAAAACAAAUAUAGCAGUCGGGAUCAAAGUGUAAUUUUUGGCCAUACUAUUAAGCCAUUAUUAGAGACUGUAAAAAUGCACCCUUUGCUUAUUACCACCAGCAAGGAAAGAGAAACCGAUAAUUCACGAUGGAAAAAUAUGGAAGUUCAUGAUGUAGUAGUUGAAUGUUCUCGAGUAAUGUUAGAAAAUAUUGAAAGACCUGAUAACCAAGAAUAUAUUGGAUCUAAUUCAAAACAUAUUGAUUGUUCUUCAAUAAAUUUUGAAAACUCGAAUUUAUCAAGAAGCCAUAUCAUCACUAGUCAAGAUUUCCAUGCUUCAAAAAUGGUUGAUCGCAUAUCUGAAAACAAAGAAUUUUGGAGUCCAAGUUUCACAUGCCCUCCUACAACGCCACCUCAGACACCCACUCCUGUUCCUAAUACACACAGUUAUACACCAAAUAUAACACCUUCAUUGAUGGCAUCAAACAUCAACACAAAUCUUUUAAAAAAUGAUGGGCAAGAAGGAGCAUCUCCACCAGAGGCUGCAAUAGAAGCUACUCCUGAAAGCACACCACUAAGGGAUAUGCGCAUUAGGCCAAUACCUCCAAGUUCUACAGUUGCAAGAGCUUUAAACACUAAGUUACUAACAUCAAGUGUUAAUGCUAACCAAUCUUUAAAUUCAUCUCAACCAUCCAGUCCAAUGAGAAAGGAUCCUUCAUUAUUCAGGUAUCCUGAUCCUACAGAUAUAGAAACUUCAUCAACAUCUUUCCAAAAGUUAACUCGUGUCAUAUCAGACAGAUCUCAAUCACAGUUAGAAAAUAAUGCAAGUUUAUUCAGAUAUACAAAUCCUACUAGUCCUAUGCGAGUUUCAUCACAUUCAGAUGCCUUUCACAAUAACAUCACAACUUCUGAUGCUGCCCAAAAUACUUCGGAGUUCUCAGUAGACAAUUUAGAUUUCUCUAAUAUGUCAGAAAAAGAUACUAUUAAUAAUUCUGGGGAAAAUGACCUGACUGAGGAGAAUGUAAAUCAAGAAGAUCAGUUUGUUGACUGUAUACCUGCUUCUUGUACGACUUGCACUUCUGGAGGAUUGCAUGUUCCAAAUUCACGAUCUAUGAAGAAUUUUGCUGAACAUAUCAAGAGAUUACGAUUUUAUAGUCAAUGUAAUAAUGAUAAUAUCUCAGGAGGUUAUUACAAAGGUUUUAGUGCAGGCUCUAGUCCUGCCGAUUCAUCUGUUAUUUUACCAAAAAGCAAACGUUUGCGAAGAACUGCAUCUUGUCCAAAUUUUGUGCGCAAAACUGCAACUCAUUUAGAUAUUGUCAAGGUUCCUAAGAUAGAAGAAGUAGUUGAUGCACCGGAGGAGAAAGAAGUGAAAAAGGAAGAAUCACAAAAACCAAUAGUUGCUCGUUCUGUCCAAAAUAAUUCUACACAAACAGUAUCAUUCUGGCCACAGCCAUUUGAACUUCUUUACAUUGGGUUAUUCCCCUUUGGUGAUAAUUGUUCAAGCAAACGGAAUAGUGCUAAAGAUACCAUAAAACAAUCACCUACUGAUCUGCUGGACCAAUACAUACAAUGCUGUAUUAAUAGACAAAAAUCCCACGGAUCUGAUGAUAGGUAUAAUGAAAAUGCUGAGAUCAGGUCUUUACGGGAACAGUUACAAUUGUUGCACAUAGAACUGCAAUUUGAGAGGCAUCGUAGAGAAUUACAUGCAGAUCGUAACAGACGUCUGCUAGGAAAAUGUCGCGAUAACCGGGCAUUAGAAGAAUCAAAUGCCGCACUCAAGGAACGGUUGCAGCUGUUUGAAAAUGAUAUUCAAAAGUUAAACCAAGAACUUGAUAAAAAACGUGCAAUAUUCACAAACCAGGAGAGGGAGUGGAAGGCUAUUAACCAUAGUUGGCGCGAAAAGUAUAACACCCUUAUGGAGGAAAAUGCGAUGAUGCGGGCAGCUUCCGAUGCCUUAAAACAACAAUUAGCUCAACAGGCUGAUGAACUUUCGAAAACAACAUCCGAGUUGCAAGAAGCUAGAGCUAUGCUGUUUGAUCAAACCCAAGAAAUUAGAGAAGCUAGACAUCAAGCUGAGAUUGGAGCAAAGUAUCGGAAUCAGUUGCACCAAAUGCAUUCAGAGCUUUUAUUAAUGGGAGAAUUGCAAUCUAGAUAUAAGGAUAAAUUAGCUGAACUACCAUGGUUGAGAGCACGAGAUGAAGAACUCGAAAUUCUGCAUUCUACAUACCGCGAUGAAAUUAUGAGUAUGCAGCAAACAUUAGAAAUGAAAUCAAAUGCUCUGGAAGCUACUAGAUUGAGAGUAACUGAACUCGAGAAUACUCUUGCUAAGCGAGAUUCUAAUUUCAGUGAACAGAAACGAUUGCUGAAAAUUGUUAAAGAAAAAUAUCAAGUACAGCUUGAUGCUGUUGAGAGCAAAUAUGCAGCACAGAAAUCUAUAAACCAGCGUAUGGAGGAACAGUUACUAGAACUUUAUCGAAGUGAGAACUCGGCUCCAAUUUCGCCCGAUGGCUCGUGCAAAGGUGCUGGUGAUCGCUCAGGUCCUAUUGUUGGAUCCUGGGACCUGUGGCCUGGAUCUUCUUCUCCUUUGUCAGCUUCACUGGCCAGCAGCGAAGGAAUGAUGAGCAGCGCUACAACCGCCUCUGGACUGGCCGGACGUGCAGAAGAUAUUAAGAACUUGCAGGUUAUUGUAGAUCAACCAGAACAGAUGAUGGGAUCAGAGCUUAUAGAACAAAAUUUACUGCCUAAUGAAAACAGAGAUAUUGACUGA